GUCAUCUACUUUUAUUUGUCAAUAAAGCUCAGGACGUCAAAUAUAUAAAAUUUAUUUCUGAACUACGCCUAUAUAAAUUGAUAUUUGGCAUUAAUAAUUGGAUAAUUUGAAUUUAUGAAUAACAAGUGACCGUCUGCCUUUAUAAGUUACGUGGGCUGAGACAUAGCCGAGUAUAAUCAAAUCAGUCAUCUAUAAUUUUAGUUUUUGUGUUUCAGAUAUGUCGGAGCAAGUAUUAGAUAAAGAGACUUGGCCAGCUGAAGCGGAAGCAGCCAUCAACGAUAUCCGAAAACAUGUCAAUUCAGCUCAAGUAUCCUCUAAAGUGAGGAGCACCAACCAGAAGAUCUACAUUAAUCUCACGACUUUGGAAAAUGCAGAAUAUUGCGUCGAAAUGUCCGCCUUGGGAUUCAGGGUCGUCGGCAGAAAAUAUGACGACACGAGCCUGUCUACCAUAGAAAACAUGAAUUACGAGACGCCCUACGCUUUACUCAACAACAUCAGUCAGAAGUACAGGGAAUCAUUCGGCGGUGAACUCAUGAACAAACUGCUACACCUGGCUAAGAAAUCAGAAGGCUGAAUCCGAAAUCGACUAUGUCAAUUUGGGGUCUGUAGUAUUUUAUUUAAAAACGUAGUGUGUUUUUGCUUUACGGUUUAUAGAGAACGUUUACAUCUUACAAGAUAUUGGUACUAAACUGCAUUUAUAAAUUAUAAGACGAACUCGACGUAUUUGUUUAGAUUACUUUUAACCAUUAUUUUAGUUUAUUAUAUUAUAUCAAAUUUAUAUACAUGACUUACAUACAUGACAUAGAAAUUAUGUUGUUUGUUAUAUAAAAUGUAAAUCAGAUUUGAUGCUCAUAUUGUUUAAUCAAUCACGUUAAGAUCUGGAUCUUUUAAGCGUUUAUUGUAUAGUUUAAAUGAAUGUUGCCAUACUUUGUUUUUGUAUUAGUAACAGAUGAUAAUUUUCACUAUUUAAGUCAAGUGCACAUAAAAAUAACUAUAACGAUGUUAUCUUUAUUUAAGUAAUUAUUUAUUGGAUUCAAUAUCGGAGCUUAUUUGAGUAUGUAUUAAAAAGAGCAGACUGAGUACAAAUAUAUGUGAACUUUAGAAAAAUAUACAAUUGUAGCACGGUGUUGCAAAAUGCAAAA